CGCACUUCAGACCGAUCAUUGCGGCGUCGACUCGAGCCGCUCAGUCCGCGUGGAAACCGUCAGCGUCGAGCAAUACGUUUCAUUGUCGUCAUUGCCGCGCAAGUAAACAAUCUCAACGUUCAAACGUCACGAACGUAAAGGAAUUUCGUUUACCCCUUUCGACAAUUUCGGUCAGAGCGAACGGAAUAAGAUGAACUGCGCGCCGGUAACUUAACGCGAGUGCGUGUGCGUGCGUACGUGAAAGAAAUUGAGAGGAUAGGAUAGAGAAGGAAAGAGAGAGAGAGAGAGAGAGGACGAGCGAGAGAGAGUUUUUUGUGGAGCGUUUCCGAUGGAAUUGUCGAUUCGAGAAGGAAAUAUGCGCAGAGAAUGCACGAUGGAGGAGGUGUCCAUGGAAAACGCCAAGGUGUCGGACUCGGGAUAUUCCAACACUUGCAGCAACAGCCAAUCGCGACGCAGUAGCGACAGCUCGAUCUCGAGGAACAGCAAUCGCUCCGAAAGCAGCGGCUAUUGCGGCAGGCAUCCUUCGACCUUCGGAUCCAGUAAUGAGGCAUUACCGAAGCCGAUCAGCAAGAGAAAGGACAAGGAACACAAGAAGAAAAAGUCGAAGACGGUGUCGGCGAUUACCACCGAUGCGGAAGUCAGCCUGAAGACGGUGAACGCGCCGGCCGAGGUCGCUUCCUACAACACCGUCGCACCGGCGAACGUCGUACUUGAUCAGAAACCAGAAGAGGUAGCCACCGUAGAAUUAGUGGACGCAACGGAUCCCGGCGAGCACAACGGCGACACCGUCGCAGAUCCGGAAGCAGGACUUGCUUCACGGACAAUCCCUCUGGACGAUUCUACGUCUCAGGCCAAUGAGGGAUUUUGCGCGGUGAUUUCUAUGCACGACGGUCUCGUGCUGUACACAACCCCGUCGAUAUGCAUUGCUCUUGGCUAUCCUAAGGACUCCUGGAUCGGUCGAUCCUUCAUCGAUUACGUGCAUCCGAAGGACAAAACCACCCUGACUGAUCAGAUCACCAAUGGCAUCGCGUCGCCCCAAGAGGAGAGGUCUAAAGGCAUCAACGGUAGACGGGUGAGCCUGUUCUGCGGCCUGCGGAGAUUCACCAAGUGCAACAUGGCGAACGGGCACCCUGUCGACGCCAGAUCGAACCUAUACUUGCCGUUCCACUUGACCCUAUCUUUCCGGGAUUUCCGGGACCUGACGGCCGAACAGCAGCCCAACAACAGGGCUAUGUUCCUCGUGGUUACUGCUCAACCCGUCCAUUCGGCAUACAAAGCGCCAGAAGAAACAAUAAUAUCUUCGGUAUUCACGACCCGCCACACCGCGACGUGCCACUUAUCCCAUGUCGAUCCCGACGUAGUCCAAUACUUCGGCUAUCUACCACAGGAUAUGACCGGCCGUUCGCUGUUUGAUUUCUACCAUCCGGAGGACCUGCCAUUCAUCAAAGACAUCUAUGAGACUGUGAUCAGGCUAGAAGGCUGCUCCUUCAGGUCGAAGCCGUACAGGUUCGCCGUACAGAACGGAAGCUACGUCGUUCUCGAGACCGAGUGGUCAUCCUUUAUCAAUCCCUGGACGAAAAAACUAGAGUUUGUCGUAGGUCAGCACCGUGUGCUCAAAGGGCCGUUGAAUCCAGACAUCUUCCGUGUAGUGCGCGAGACCGAGUGCGGCUACCUGGCCAGCAUCAGCGAGGAGGUGCUGAAGGAGGCGAAAAUCAUUCAGGGCGAGAUACGGGCGCUACUUGACGAGAGCAUCCAAAGAACGUCAGAUAUAACCGAGCUCGACGUGUCAAAACGAUGUGAGGACCUAGCGUCCUUCAUGGAAAGCCUGCUACAAGAGACGAAAGCGCCCGGUAUCGGCAAGGACGAACUCGCAGCGGACGACAAGAGCUUUUCGAAGCACGACAGCGUAAUGCUCGGUGAGAUCUCGCCCCAUCAUGAAUACUACGACAGCAAAUCGUUCACGGAGACGUUGCCGAGCUACAACCAGCUCAACUACAACGAGAACAUCGAGCGGUUCUUCAAGAGCAAACCGCCGGUCGCCACCAUGUACGGCAGCGAUGAAGAGAAUGUCAAUUCCAGCAACGUCGAGGGCGCUCGAAAAUGCAUGUCGCCGAUAAACGGCAGCGGCGCGAGCGGCAGCGGUAGCGCGGAGAACCUUAGCAGCGGUUCCAACAACCAGACGAGCUCAGCGAGCCGCGACGACACCUCGAACACCGCCAGCAACAGCAACACCACUGCGACGGAGAGCUUCAAGCUGCCCACGCUGACGGAGAUGUUGCUGAACCGGCACAACGAGGACAUGGAGAAGCUGAUGAUGCAGAAACACCGUGAACUGCGCUCCAGUAUCAAGAACAGCGACAAGCUGCUCAAGGAUUCGCGCAUCAAGACGAAAAAGGUCAACGGAGUUGACCAAAACGCCCAUUACGUCAAUCAGGGUCACGGCAUCAAGAGGAGCAGCAGUCACAGCUGGGAGGGUGAAAGCUUCAAGAUAUCGAAGCAUGAUAAGAUCUCGAGGACGAGCACGGCGGGCCCAGCGAACCUCAUGACUACCGUUACCAGCAUGAGUCUCGAUCAAUCGACCGUGGUGCAAACCGGGACGAACAUCAACCUGUGGCCACCACUGUCGGUCGCCGUACCCUCCUCCGUGCCAGCUCAACCCUGCGAUCCAUCGCACAACGUCAGUUCGGAAACCAUACCUAGAUUCCCGUUGCUAUCGUCGGUGAUACCUGUAUAUUACGUGUCAGUACCGCAAGCCAGCGAAUCCACAACGACGCUAUUGUCACCACAAAAAAAACUGGACUCACCCUCGACCACGCAACCGACGCAACAGAGUCCUUACACGUUUGUUCCAGUGUCCUACGUUGCUACAGCGAUGGCCGGGAUGAUAUACCCGGUGAUCGGCGCACCGCCGCCGCGCGCGAUGAUGUACAAGCCCUUCCUGUUACCCGAGCAAGCGCCGGCAGCGUGCGAGAACCAGCAGCUGCCUAACAACAAAUGUUUGGAUCGCAGACGACCGGCCAGUCAAGCGACCAGUGUCAAAGCCGAGCCGAGCAGCAUAAUGGCCAUGUCUGAGUCCUCCAAGAAGGUUCAAUCGCCUAGCGAGCUCUUCUCGUCGUGUAUGAGCAACGACGGCGGUUGUUCAAGUGUAGUGGACUUACUGACCCCGGUGACCAUGAAGGGACACCGACCGAUGGACUAUAAUGGGGACGAAUCGAGUUCAUCCAGUCUCUACAGCAGUUUCUUGUACAAGAGCAGCGAAAGCAGCUGCAAUCCGGAUCAGAAGACGUGCGAGGUCUCCUCUGAGGAGCACACCAAAUGCCAUCAAGGGAUGCGGAGGAGGGAUCCACCUUGGCUGGAAGGCGUACAACUGACGCCAGAACUGAUUUACGAAUACCAGGUGCAUCCGAAGACUUUGAACGAGGUGUUGAAGGCUGACAUGGAUGCGAUAAAGGACUUGAACCAGCCACUGCUGGUAAACGAUCAGCUAGGGCAACUUUAUCUGGAUUUGGAAAUGGAAGGCUUCGAUACGAAACUGGUCCUCGAAGAAGGAAUCACGUCGAGCGGAAGCGACAGUGGCAGUAGCAGCGGCAGUUGGACGGAAGGCAUGUCGCAGCGUAAACAGAGGAGAAGAAUGGUGAAGUACGGCAAACUCGUGAUGAUCCACGAGGAGGACGCGCCGUUGCCGCCUCCGUUACCGUCUCCGUUACCGUCUCCGAUUGUACCGUGUCAGCAUUCUUAAGAGAUGCGCGCGAUCCGGUAUGGACAACUGAUUCAGGACAACUCCGAAGUCGACGUUCGCAUCGUCGCAUUCGCAUUUCUCCCGAGUGGGUCCAACGUUGUUAGUCUUUAGAUUAAAUCAAUUCUGUUCUCGCACCGUUUGAGUAUGUACUUCGUUUUCGUAUGCCAUUAUAUACUUUUCGAUCGAUAUAAGAGUAUAUUAUACGCAUAAUCCGCAAAAACAUGAUCAGAGCUCAUUAGGAUUUAGAAAUUCCUUUACGAUCAUUGAAGCCAAGCAACGGUGACCGCUACAGGAUCGAAACCAUGCGGAGAUACGUAUGAGAGCGCCGUAAAAAAUAUAUCAAAUUCUUUUUAUUAUUUAAACAAAAUGCUCAAGCAUUAGGUUGUAUAUGGGAAUGCGCGCACGUGGCUGUGUACAUAUGUAUGCGCGCGUAUGUAUAUGAUACUCUAAUAAUACCGGGGACGUCUCAUAAUAUACUGCAGGAUGUCCCCAGUAUUGAAUAGGUUUCGGAUGUGGACAUAGGAAUAUCUUCUGCACAUUCUCAGAAUAUCGUAGAACAUAUUUCGAAUAUUGAUGGGAUAUACACAAUUUACGUUUCCGAUAUACUGCGUACAUGCUCAGGAUCUACCUCCUUGUAGGAUACCACAGGUAUUUCCUAUUAAGUCUUAAACUCUUCGAUCUGGAUAUGUGACAGUCAAGGUCCUUCUUUGAUGGACAGAUAGCAUUUGUGUGUGUUAUCGAACUUCGAUCGAAAGACAGAGUGAAAUCUCUGAAACGAUCGAACAUACCUACCGGGAGAAACGCAAACAAAAACCGACACGCCUAUACUCAGCGAGAAAUGAACUAUCGAGUUGACAUCGAAUCGACGUCGAAACAAUGGGAAUUAUAUUAAAUCGACGUCGAUUCGAUGUUUUAUCUCCCACUGGGUGGGGGAAGUGCCUGUACUUUGGACCUAUUUUACCUUGGACUCAUGUCGAUUUUAGCGUUAUCUGUGAUUUUUCCGCUUUGUUAAUGUGAUAAUUCAUUGUAUUUACCACCACAGAUAAGAAUUCUGACAGUAAACACAAUGAAUUAUCACAUUAACAAAGUGAAAAAAUCACUGAACAAAGCGCUGAAAUCGACAUGGAUUCAAUGUAAAACAAGUCCAAGGGUACAGCACCUUCUUCUAUGAAUAGCGAAUGAAAUGCACUCAAGAGACACGUGAAUUUACCAAUACUGAUGACACAGUGAUUCCGUUUCUUACAUUUUUUUCCGGAUAAUCGUUCUCUCUUUGUCAAAAAGAUUACGAUUGAUCGUGAAGAUGCGAUAAUCGUGUCGUCAUCGUCGUCGAUACAAAGUUCGAAGAAGGUCCAGACGUUGCAACCAAGCAACGAAUCUGAGCGCGUUUUGCCAGAAUUUUCGAUAUGAAAUAGAACGCGCUAACUGAACUAAUCUCCAAAAGUAUUUGCGCUUAUAUUUAUACACGGGGUGUCUCGAGAACACCGGAUAUUAAAAGAGUAUGUUUCGCAGUUCCGGUAGAAUCUAUAAUUAAAGAUAUACGCAAUGACAUUGGGACAUUUCGUGAAAUAGGUGAGAUACGUAUAAUUACGAUACAAACACGCGACCGGAAAUGACUGAUUUCCUUUGGGGGGGGGGGGGGGGCA